UCUUAUUUCUCUCUGUCUAUCCUUGAAUGUUUUUUAUAUCAAACUUGCAUGCUAUUGGAGUCUUCUGCUAAUCAAAACUCCAUCGUUAAGUUUUCUCUCCAGGCUCAUAAGCUUAGAGAAUAAACAUGAGUUUUCGAUUUCCUUCUCCUUCUGACGAUUUUCAGACUCAAGCGCAAAACGAGUUUGACCAUUUUAUGGAAUGGACAGUCAUAGCGUCUAUUGCUUCUGGACUGGUGGGACUCGUAGCUAUUAUAGCAAUAGUAUAUGCCAUAAUUCAGUGCUUAAAGAAGGCAGGAGAAGCAAUUCCUGCAUACGCCCAGCUUCCAAGCACAGAGAAUGAUCAUAAAGCAUCAAAUUCAUUUCCUUCAACCAGAGAAAUGGAAGUAGUAAUAGCACCAGCUUCUACAGUUCGAAAUUCGAAAACUGAGUUUGCAACAAUGGAAAGAUUCCUGAGCAACAUCAACAAGGAGAAACCCAUCAGAUUCUCUCCUGAGGAACUGGAUAUAAUUACAUGGAACUACUCAACCAUAUUGGGUUCAGGUGCUUUUGGGGUUGUCUACAAAGGGAUAUUGUCCAAUGGAGAAGAUGUGGCUGUCAAAGUUAUCAACAGUUUGGACAUGGGAAUGGAAGAGCAACUAAAAGCAGAAGUUGGAACCCUAGGAAGAACUUACCAUGUCAAUCUGGUGAGGCUUUAUGGCUUCUGCUUCCACCGUGACAAGAGAGCUCUUGUUUAUGAGUAUGUAGAAAAUGGGUCUUUGGACAAGCACUUGUUUGGCAGCCAGAAUCAAGACAUUGAGUUGGGGAAGCUUCUUGAGAUUGCAAUUGGAACAGCAAAAGGAAUUGCUUAUUUACAUGAAGAGUGUCAAAAGAGAAUAAUUCAUUAUGAUAUUAAACCAGAGAAUGUUCUUCUUGACAUGAAGUUGGAACCAAAGGUGGCAGAUUUUGGCCUAGCUAAGCUUUGCAGCAGAGAAAAUAACGUUUCAGUAAACACACACUUUAGAGGAACAAGGGGAUAUGCUGCACCAGAAAUGUGGAAGCCUUUUCCAGUGACUCACAAGUGUGACGUUUAUAGUUUUGGUAUUCUCCUGUUUGAAAUGGUUGGGAGGAGAAGGCAUUUUGAUGAUAACUACAGAGAAUCACAACAGUGGCUUCCGCAAUGGACAUGGGAUAUGUUUGAGAACAAUGAGUUAUCUGUGAUGCUUUCACUUUGUGGAAUUGAGGAGAAAGACAAGGAGAAAGGUGAGAGAAUGUCAAAGGUGGCUCUGUGGUGUGUUCAGUAUUCACCUGAUGAUAGACCUCUUAUGAGUACUGUGGUGAAGAUGCUAGAGGGUGAAAUUGAAAUUUCUCCACCUCCAUUUCCCUUCCAAAACCUGGUGUCUGUUAAGCCAAACCUCACUCAAAAAGAAAGUAGUACUGAAGAUUCAGAUGCUACCCAGUCAUGGGAAACAACUUCAAACCCAGAAUAUGGCUCCAAAAUCAAGCGCAAUACAUUUGAGAUAGAAGAACUAGCUUAGUUGUAUCAUAAUAGUACUGAGAUUAUUGUGCAUUCAAAGAGCAAUUUUUUAGCUUUGUUAAAUUUACAAUUACGAGGCACAUUCUCCAAUAACCCAAUUUAUUGCAUAAACUAAAACCUCCAAAAAUCUGUAUCAGUUUUGUCAGUUCAUUAUAGCAGAGGAGGAAGGGAGUGAAAGCUUUGUACUUUAUGCAUGGAAGGAGUGAAUAUAGUAGGCAUGUGUUAAUCAUAUAGGAGUUACUCUUUGUAAUCUUUGUUAACACUAACAUCCAAAUUGAACUCACAUACUAUAGUUGAAUGAAGAAUUUGUUCUUAUUUUUGGUAA